CAAAAAACCCGAAAAAACGGAAAUGACGUCAUGUAUUUGUGGUUGCAGCUUGCUUACAGAGGAGGAGAGGCUACCUUCGCUUAUUUUACCAGUUCAACAUUUAAAUACUCUUCCACCGGAGCUGUUAUGCUUUGAUCAAACCCCCAACCCCUCCUAACACUGCUACAGGAGUUUCCCGGUGAGUGCAGAGCCUCGGAGCAGCCCAAAGCCCCGGCCCGCAGCAGGAUGUCCCGCCUGGCCUUCCAGACUCAGCUGGCCUCCAUCAUGGAGGUCCUCGCUAACGCAGCAGUAGCGGAGAUCUGUAAGCUGGUGGACGAUGACUAUGCGGUGGUCAGUUUACAGAUGUCGCAGUGUCAGAGGGAAAACAAAGGCCUGAAGAGGAAGCUCCACCUGCUGGAGCUGAAGAUGGCCCGGGGAAACGCCGAGAGGAGGCUCCGGGAGAGCGCCAUUAACAGCAGCCGCUCCAGGGUGCAGAUACACGGCGACAGGCUGCGGGAGUCCUCACCAUCCUCCGGUGUGUUUGAGAGGCGGAUAGAGGUUGCGCUGUGGCCGGGUAAAGCUGCUGCAGGGCGGCCGAGCGUCAGGCCCGUCCACUCUGACAGCGUCCAGAGGAAGUCUCCAGAUGUGGAGCUGGUGGAGCCAGAGGUAAUGCUGGUGAAGGAGGAGAAGGUGGAGGCCAACUUGAGAGUUGAAGAAGCGGAGGACAACGUGCCGUUCAUAGGAGAGGACGGCGUGGUGGAGGAUGGAGCUGGAGGACAGGAGACUCAGUCCACUUCCAGUCAGACCCGGGCCCAGAUCCAGAGCAGCAGGAGACACCCGGGCGGCAGCAGCCGAGGAGUGGAGGAGGAGUUGGAGCUAGAUGUGGUGCUGGUGAAGGUAGAAGAGCGGGAGCCAGGGAGCCAGACGGGCCUCAGCAUACAGGAGGGGUUGGUGGAGUCGAGCACCGACGACUACAGAGCUGUUCAGCCAUUUGAUGACAUCACACAAACCACCAAUCAGCUGUCCGACCUGCAGGAGUCAGGGCCGGGCUUCUCAGAGUCUGCAGCCCCUCAGUCAUCGGCGGACCCCUGCAGUGUGGCGGCGGUCCAGCUGAGGGUACCAGACACCAUCUCAGCAGCUAGCUCCAGAGCACAACGACAGCAGAGGUCCAGCACCAGCACCAGCACCCCCCUCAGCUCUGAGUACUCUCUGUUUGAGCUGGAGACCUUCUUCACCCGCUGGGCCCCCGACAGUGACUUAGUCAGCAGGGGCCCUUCAUUUCCUCUCCCUGCUGAUGAAUCAGCAGAGUGUGACCAGGAUGCAGUUAUCAUAGUAGAGAGUGAAACACAGCCUCCACCUGUGGUAGCACCAGGCUCCGCCCCCUCAGCAGCGAGGAUGGGUGUGUGGCAGAGUUCCUCCUCCAAUCACAUCCAGCCGUCUGUGUCACAUGGCCCGUCAGCAGAGACUUCUUCAUCCACACCCCUGAGGAUGAAGGCUCCGUUGUCCCAGCCUCCAUGGAGCAGGAAAGCAGUCCUGAUAAGAGGAACCCAGUGUGAGCUGAAGCAGCAUGGUGACAGUAGCAGGGUCCCUCAGCAGCAGCACAGCCUGCCCUCUGCACAGACCACAGCUGCUGUCAGUAACACUCACUGUGGGGAGAACACAAAGAUCUCCUGUAUCAGCUCCACCAGUAGGACUAUGAGCUCCACAGUGGCUCCAUACAUCAGGACGUUGUUGGGCAGAAACGAGGUCCCCGGCGCUGCAGAGCAUGGAGUCAGCCUAAUGGCUCACCGCGAUAUAAGCCAAUCUCCUGGUAUGGUGCCCAGUGAGCACCGCAAGAAGGGCUACGUAUGCAGAGCCUGCGGGAAGUCGUUCACAGGCCUAUCCAACUUGGAGGCCCACGAGAGAGUCCACACAGGGGAGAAACCGUACCGCUGCGACACCUGCGGGAAACUCUUCUCCGAGGCCGGGAACCUGAAGAAGCACCAGAGGGUUCACACCGGGGAGAAACCCUUCAGCUGCCAGCAGUGUGGGAAGAGGUUCGCCUGGAUCUGCAACCUGAGGACACACCAGCAGUCUGCCACAGACUGCGGGCCUGGGAUGAUCCCUGAAGUAAAGGUGUUUUAGUCAGGGUCUGAACCAACUCUAAUACUACAUCCAGCGCUUCCUCCCCCCCACUACACUCCAUCCCACAAACACAACUCAGAGUCUCAGGAUCUAUAGAGGGGGACCUCCACUCCACUGGUACCAAGUAGUGCAAGUCUUUUCUCCCAUGAUGUAAAUAUCUCAAAUUUCUUGAUUGAAUGCUGAGUGAAUUACUUUGUUGAAUGAGUGGAAUUAAUUGAAGUGUGUUUGUGAGUAUUAGUAACCGCCACCUGUGAGGAUCUUCCUCCGAAUACCUGCGGGAGAUAUAUGUGUUUGUGGAUAUUAGUACUAGGGAUGCCAGUGAUUAUUCGAAUAUUCGAAUAUUAUUCGCCAGGGCUGCCGAAUAAUCGAUUUUGAUCAUGGUCAGUUUCUGGCAGCCCUAGUUAGUACCCGCCAUCUGUGUCAGAUAGGAGUGUGUUUGUGAGUUAUUAGAAACCGCCACCUGUGAGGAUCUUCCCCCGAAUACCUGCGGGAGAUAGGUAUGGGUUUGUGAAUGUUAGUACCCGCCACCUGUGUCGGAAAAAAGGUAUGGAAUUGAUGUGAAUUGAUUUGGUGAAUGAAAAGUUGAAUGUGCUUUUUAUUAUCACCGGUCUUUUUAUGAAGACAAGCAGGUGGUAUAAUGUCUGAGACCCUACUGUACCUCCACCUUACAGGGAUAAAAGCUCACAGAUGACAUUUAUGAGUAUCCCAUCUACUACUCCUAGAAGAAAACACAUUGUUAGACAUGAUAUUCAGGGAAAGAAAUGUUGGAAAUAAUAAUGGCAGAUAUUGAAUAUCUUAAACUGGAUCAACAAACCAUGUUAGUGAACCCUGCUAAUAGGAAGCUAAAACAUGCAGGAGGAAUAGCAGUAGCUCUGGCAGAGAGAAUAGGUCCUAGCAUGCAAGCACAGAGUGAUAAUAUGAUAAGGACUAUUAAACUGUCAGAAGGCAAUGUGGUGAUCAGAUGAGCCACAAAUACCGGUUUGCAUGUACUUUAAAAAAAAAAAACCUAUGUGUGAACUAUCAGCAGAUAUCAAACCCCAACAAUAUCUUCAAAACCAAUAUGAGGAAGUUUUUUGCGAAGCUAAAGCUCAAAUACUUUACCAAAAUCAACUAAACUAUUUGCUCUUGACCCCUUUUUGGAAAUGGGAUUUUCCGUUACACAACAGAAGACUCAAUUCAGGCCUUAAAGAACGCUUUAAAGACAAGUCAGGGAGAGUUAAAUGUGGUGCCAUUUUGCUUAUGAAGCAGCUUACACUUUUGGAAAAUAUCUCCUCCUUUCUCUGCUCCUGAGGUGCUGCAGAAAAACUCAGCACACAGGGUCAGAGACAGGCGUGACCUCUGGAGAGGAAGAAAAUCAGAGCAGACCACAGAGCGACCCAUUAAAAGUGUUAUGGCCUCAGCACAGAGAGGAAGAUCUGGAGACUGUAAGGAACUCUCCCAAAGCAGGCUACCCACCCCCACCCCAGUACAAGGGGAAGAGUUCCUCUCACCAAUGAACAAAUCAACUCUUAACCAAGUCAGAUUUCAAAUAGCCAUAGCUCCAGUUGUUAAGAAAAGAGGGAGAUUCAAAAAAAUUAUCUUAACACCAGAACAAAAAGAUCAAUAUCAAAAAACAAAAGAGUAUAUUGUGACCCAUUCUCAGAAACUAACAAUGCGAGAUAUGGAGAAAGCUUGGGAAGUUCAUCUAGCCACGAAUGAUUUAGGAGG